GUCAAUGGACGCCGCGAACGAAGAGCCGCAGAAGAACAUCUUAGAUUGGGAUGAGAACGAUGUGCAAGCUUUCUUCGCGCAGCUAGGAUAUCCACAAUACGAGGCGCAGAUCCGAGAGCACAACAUCUCGGGAGACGUGUUGUGCAUGUUAGAUGCGGAGACACUCAAGGAAGUGGGAGUAGCGACGGUUGGGCAGAGGCUGGCCAUAUUAAAGGCGGUUUACUUGGCCAAGCAAGCACAUAAUGUCCCCAUCGAAGAUGACCAAUAUGUACCACCUUCGGAAGCGGAAGAACGUAACUCGAACGUUAGCGUGGACAAACUUUACAACCUUGUCAAGGCACAAGAGGAACGUCUGCACCAUUUGGAGGAUGAGAACCACCGUCUAAGGGACAGCUUACACUCAUGUAUGGAGGACCUCAGCGGUAUACGUUCAUCAUAUGUCCGAUCUGCCGAAGACAGCCCAAUCCAGAGGCAGCCAUCCUUCAAGUGGGCAUCCUAUAAAUCAGCAAAUCAAUCCCCCACCAAGGCCACUCUCGAUUCCCCACAACCUUCACCGCAACGUAUGGAACACGAAGCAUCCAGAAGUGGGUCUCAAGGCCAGUCGAGCAAUGACAAGUCGAAAGUAUCCCCAGCCGACAGUAGCAAUGGCGCACUCAUACCUGCACCGCCGAAGCCGGUUCGUCAAGAUAGUUCGGAUAACUUGAAGAGCUUCAAAGUAAGCCUCGACGAUCCCGCUUGGAAAGUGCUCCCUGCGGCCCUCAAGAAGUACAAGAUCAACAAUGACGAUUGGCAAAACUAUGCCAUGUUCAUAUGUUACGGGUCAUCCGGUAGUCGCAUAGAGCGAUGCCUAAGCUACGAUGAGAAGCCUCUCCUGCUCUUCCAGAAGCUCAAGGACGCGAAGAAGAACCCCGUAUUCAUGCUCAAGCACAUCAAAGACAUUCGUUCCCCUAUCGCCGUCGCACAGCAGAAGCACGCCGCGCGGAAGGCAUCCGAGUCGUCUGGUAGUGGCUCUAAAACAUCAGGUAGCAGCUCUGGGCAAGGUAGAUCAACGUCUCGGCCUGCCGGCUUACAAGUUCAUGAUGCAAUGACUGUGGCAACUUCUCCUCUUGUAACAGGAAUUACCGCGGCCCAGGGUGGGUGGCCCGAGGUCAUGUCUCCAGCGGUCGAUAACAAGGAGAGAGCGGACGAGCUCGGCUCGGCGUCGACGUCGACUUCUACGACCGCUGUGAAUGGCCAGUCGAAGUCGCCGCCUCAAGAGAGCAGCGACCCCAGCGGCAUCAUCAGCACGAGGGAGAACAUGGUUGCCUCGUCAUCUGUAUCGUAUGCCGUCGCAAUUUAUCCGUAUAUGGCGGAGCAGGAGGAUGAAUUUGACGUCGUAGUCGGAGAUACCUUCAUAAUUCUCUCGCGAGCUCGGGGCUGGUGGGUAGUCCAGCGUGACCCGGCGGGGACCGGCGUGGUCGAGCCAGACACGAGCAAGCAAGGCUGGGUACCGGCCGGCUGUUUACUCGAGACGAGCGUCCCCGUAGCAUCAGCCGUUGCAGAGGCAACUGCACUCCGCGGCGGUUCAUCCAACGAUCACUCGCCCUCUUCGCCUCAGGCCAAGAAGACCCCGAUCUUGCCCCUGAGUAUCGUGUCUACAAGUUUCCCCGGUGUCGCCUUAACGGAUUACAAAGGGAAAGGAGAUGAAGAGCUGGACCUUGUGAAAGAUGAUGCGUUGCGGGUGUUCAAGCGUUAUAACCAUUGGUCCUACGCUGUGAAAGAGGAAGGCGGUGAUCGAGGAUGGGUACCUUCCUGGUACAUCGGCAAGGUUUCUACGGGGGUUACACCAGCUACCCCGAGCACCAGCCACCCCCCUGCCAUAACGUCCGGCUCUAUGACCUUGGACGCAAUACCCGAUGCUCAGGUCGUUACCUCAAGCGGCCCUCAGCCCCAAGUGUCUCCCAUGUCAUCCGCCUUCCCGCCUGUAGUCAAGAGCACCCCUGUCUUGUAAUGACCAUACCCAUCUUGGACCUCGACACUCAUUUCGCUCUUCGCCUGCUAUCCAUCUGCUCUCUAGGCCCUUUAAUUGCUUACUCAUGCUCCGAAUCACGACCAUCAGGGCUUGCCCUGUCUCCCUUAGUUUCUUCGAUCUUCUG